AUGCAAGCCUUCAUUCCCACGGCCCCGCAUCGCCUAGACGCGUACAGGCUACGACGGCCUGCUACGUCGCCGCGGAACGGUUUACAGGCUGCGAGAGCGGAGCAUUCUGGGGGUUCCACAGUGGACUGGCGGUCCUUCCGGGCCCGUCUGGUACAAACAGAGCAGACGACUACUCCCGCCGGAGAACCAAGUACAAAGGAAUGGGCGCACGAGGUACCAUUCGUCGAGGCUGGGUGUUUGUUGAUCGCCAGCCCCGAGCACUUUGUGGGCGAGCACUCGUGUUCAUUUUUCGCAAACAGUGUGGUGCUAGUGCUGACCCAUCACAGUGACAAGGGAACGGUUGGCGUGAUUCUCAACCGCCCCGUCGCGGCAGCCGUGUCCGAGCCGAGGUUACGAGGGGCCGUGUCUGCGGCGCCGGCGCCGCUGUAUUUAGGAGGACCUGUGGCGCUGGACUCUUUACUGGCGUUGCAUAACGACGCGUCCAUUCCGGGUGCUGGUCAGGUUGUGGAUGGCGUGGCGACAUCCGGCGUCGCAGAGGUGCUCAGUCGUAUCGAGAGGGGGCAGAUGAACGUGGACAGCUGCAGAUUCUUUUGUGGCUACUCGGGAUGGUCGCCGGGGCAGCUGCAAGAAGAGGUGGAUAGUGGGGUUUGGUAUACUUGUGCGAGUUGUACAGAGUUGGUCACUGAGAAGGGGCUCCAUCGGGAUGAUUAUCUUACUAAGAAGUUACUCAAACUUAUGGGCGGGAGGUUUACACAGAUUGGGGAACGACUGGAUAAUGAAAACCCCGGUACCGGGUGGAAAUUUGGGAGUUAACGCGAUGUGAAAGAAAGGUAAAAAUCGGCCUCCGGUGGGCGGCGUUGCAUUGAGUACCCAAGGGUACUGUAUGUACGUGAUAUGUUUUUUUGGGGGUACGCAACUACUGUACCGUAGGACGAGGACGUGUUGGGUGGAUGUCGUUGACGUGAAGUGGGAUAUACAGUGCGGUCGUUGUACUGUACAGUACUGUAGCCGAUAGCAAGCUGCAUAAACUUCGACAUAGAAAUUCGCUAUGA